AUGGGCGCUCCGAAAAACGCGUCGGCGACGCCCUCGCGGGGCUCCCGCGGGCGCGGUGUUUCGUCGUUUCGAAGGUGGCGCCCGCGCACGCGACGCGGCAGGGCAUCGCGCGGAGCUGCGCGCAGACGCUGCGGCGGCUUCGGCUGGAGUGGCUGGAUCUCUACCUCCUCCACUGGCGAGGGGGGGGGGGGGUUGGGGGAGGUGGUGGAGGGGAUGGAGGCGCUCGUCGCGCGCGGGCAGAUCCGGCGGUGGGGGGUCUCCAACUUCGACGUGGCGGAUAUGGAGGAGCUCUGGCGGCUGCCCAACGGGCGGAACUGCGCGACGAAUCAGGUGCUCUACCACCUCGGAUCCCGCGGGAUCGAGUUCGAUUUGAUGCCGUGGAUGGCGGCGAGGGGGGUGCCGGUGAUGGCGUACUGCCCCCUCGCGCAGGCGGGAAAGAUGCACGGCGAGAUUUUCGCCAACAACGUCGUCCGCACGAUCGCGGCGCGGCAUCACGCAACAAUCCCGCAGCUUCUCCUCGCGUUUGUGAUUCGAAGCGGAAACGUCAUUGCGAUCCCGAAGUCGGGGAGUGUCGCGCACACGAUGGAGAACGCCGGGGCCGAUAAAAUCGAGCUGACGGAUGAGGAUAUCCGGCAGCUCGACGAGGCUUUUCCACCACCCAAACAGAAGGUGCGCCUGGAUAUCAUCUAA